UUGGAUCCGCUGCAGCCGGAGUGGGCGGUGAGUGUGAGACAGUGAACAGUUUGAACCUGCUCUGCGUCGAGACGGAAAUAUUGAAGAUAAAAACGCUUUUUAGUAAAGACGGAGUUAAAUGACAACAGUAUUUUCUCAAACACUAAGCAGUGUUGAAACCAAAGGUCCAAAUAGAGGAGCAGCAACUGAAGCUUUUGUUGUUGUCUUCCGGUCGCUGUUGUGAAGCCGGCUGUCGCGCUUAGUAUCGCUACCUCCUGCUGAGCUAUAUGCUAACUAGCAGCGGAGCUAACGCUUCCUUUGAGCUCCAACACAAAGGACCACUCCGCCGGCGUUCGUUUUUUUCACCUGGAGUCAAUCCGUUGGACGAGACCAGAGUCUGCUGUCCAGGGCGAUCAUGGUGCUGACAGGGAAGCGUUCAGACAAGGGUCCAGCCUGCUGGAAGAGGAGGGUAAAGUCUGAGUACAUGAAGCUGCGGCAGCAGAAACGCUUCAGACGGGCCGAUGAGGUCAAGAGCAUGUUCAACUCCAACCGCCAGAAAAUCUUGGAGCGCACAGAUAUUUUGAAUCAGGAGUGGAAGACCAGACGGAUCCAGCCGAUUCACAUCAUGACGUCCGUCAGCUCUCUGCGUGGAACCAGAGAGUGCACGGUGGAAAGCGGCUUCUCAGAGUUCCCCCGGCAGGUGAUCCCUCUGAAGACCCUGAACGCUGUAGCCUCGGUUCCUGUCAUGUACUCCUGGUCUCCUCUGCAGCAGAACUUCAUGGUGGAGGACGAGACGGUGCUGCACAACAUUCCCUACAUGGGGGACGAGAUUCUGGACCAGGACGGGACUUUCAUAGAAGAACUCAUCAAGAACUACGACGGCAAAGUCCACGGAGACAGAGAGUGCGGCUUCAUCAACGACGAGAUCUUUGUGGAGUUGGUCAACUCUAUGGUUCAGUACAGCGACAACGAGGACGAUGAGGAGGAGGAAGAACAAGACCUUAAGGUGGAGAAGAUGGAGACGUGCGAUGGCGGCGACCAGCCGGAGGACGGCAGCAAGGAGAAAGACGUCAGCAGUGAAGGCCGAAGCAACAACGACACGAGCAAGAAGUUUCCUUCAGACAAGAUUUUUGAGGCCAUCUCCUCCAUGUUCCCCGACAAGGGCUCCACCGAGGAGCUGAAGGAGAAGUAUAAGGAGCUGACCGAGCAGCAGCUGCCCGGCGCCCUGCCGCCUGAGUGCACGCCGAACAUCGACGGACCGAACGCCCGCUCAGUGCAGAGAGAGCAGAGCCUGCACUCCUUCCACACCCUGUUCUGCAGACGCUGCUUCAAGUACGACUGCUUCCUUCACCCUUUCCAUGCUACUCCAAACACCUACAAGCGCAAGAACCUGGAGAACCGGUGGGACACGGACAAACCCUGCGAGCUGGACUGCUACAGGAAGCUGAUGGAUGACGGGAUGCAGAGGGAGAGUUCUGCAGGCGCCGUCGCCGAUCGCCCCAAAACCCCUUCCAAACGGACGGCCGGGCGGCGCCGCGGACGACAACCCAACAGCAACGGGAACAGCCGGCCCAGCACCCCCACGGUCUCCUCGGAAACCAAAGACACAGACAGCGACCGCGAUUGGAGCAAAGACGACGAGCGGGACAACGAGAAGGACGACAAGGACGAGACCAACAGCAGCUCAGAGGGGAACUCCAGGUGUCAGACUCCAAUCAAGAUGAAGCUGAACUACGAGCCCGAAGCCGUGGAGUGGAGCGGCGCCGAGGCGUCCCUGUUCAGGGUGCUCAUCGGGACUUACUACGAUAACUUCUGCUCCAUCGCUCGGCUCAUCGGCACCAAGACCUGCAGACAGGUUUACGAAUUCAGAGUCAAAGAGUCGGCCAUCAUCGCUCGAGCGCCGGCUGAAAACGAAGACACGCCUCCGAGGAAGAAGAAGAGGAAGCACCGACUGUGGGCCACCCACUGCAGGAAGAUCCAGCUGAAGAAAGACGGAUCGUCCAAUCACGUCUACAACUACCAGCCAUGUGACCACCCCCGGCAGCCCUGUGACUCCUCCUGUCCCUGCGUCACCGCUCAGAACUUCUGCGAGAAGUUCUGCCAGUGCAGCUCAGAGUGUCAGAACCGUUUCCCUGGUUGUCGCUGCAAAGCCCAGUGCAACACCAAGCAGUGUCCCUGCUACCUGGCCGUGAGGGAGUGUGACCCGGAUCUGUGCGGGACCUGCGGCGCCUCGGACCACUGGGACAGCAAGAACGUGUCCUGCAAGAACUGCUCCAUCCAGAGGGGAGCCAAGAAGCACCUGCUGCUGGCGCCGUCCGACGUGGCCGGGUGGGGCAUCUUCAUCAAGGAGCCGGUCCAGAAGAACGAGUUUAUCUCGGAGUACUGUGGGGAGAUAAUCUCUCAGGAUGAAGCAGACCGCAGAGGGAAAGUCUACGAUAAAUACAUGUGCAGCUUCCUGUUCAACCUCAACAACGACUUUGUCGUCGACGCCACGAGGAAAGGCAACAAGAUCCGCUUCGCUAAUCACUCUGUGAACCCAAACUGCUAUGCAAAAGUGAUGAUGGUCAACGGGGAUCACAGGAUCGGGAUCUUUGCAAAAAGGGCCAUCCACACCGGAGAGGAGCUCUUCUUUGAUUACAGGUACAGCCAGGCCGACGCCCUGAAGUACGUUGGGAUCGAACGUGAGAUGGAGAUCGCUUGAGGCCGAGGCCUUACACCCAAACAGCUUCACUUCAGGAACGUUUCGGAUGGAUUUAUUUGGACUUUUUAGUUUCUGUUUCAGACUUUUCUUUUUUCUUCUGUCAAACUUUGUUCUUCUGUCGAUGUUCCGAUUCCCUCUGGAUCUCCGGUCAGCAAAGACCUAAAACUAAGUCUACGGUUGGAGGCUUCAGGGACCAAACUCCUCCUCCACCAGCAGCUCUGGGCCCUCAGGGCCCGGUUCCUCCUCCAGCUUCUAUGACCCGGUUCUGUGCUCCUGCAGAGCGCCACAUGGAUGGAUCCAACACUGCCAAACCAAUGGGUCUGGUUCUGUUUGACUGAAACGGAUCAGAAAUGCAGAACCAGGAAGUCUUCAUCCGUUCUGGACCUGGAACCGAUCCUGGGUGGUGAUGCUGCAGCUUUAGGUGCUAAACAUGAAAGAAUCUAAAAACUCCAGAACCAGCGGGUUCAGUGCUCCACGUUGCUACCCUCAAACUGGACAUCUGGACUUGGACCCAGAUGUUCUGGUGGUGCUGUUAUCCUGUUUUCCCAGAACCCCACAGCAGCCCUGUGCUAAUCAGACCUCCUGUGUUUUCUAAUCAUGAUCCGAUCUUCAGAGAAGACGGGAACGUUUUACUCGGUCCGAUAAAAUAAAGGAUGAAAGCAGAACCUCUGAUGUUCUGGUUGGGAAAACUCCGGGUCAGUGGAGGCUGCCAGUCUGCUUCCUGUUGUUGGAUAGGAACCGGACCGGUUCUAACACCUGGUGCUCAGUUUGAUUAGAAAAACUUUGUUUUUAAAAACGCUGAAUAAUCAGCAUUUGUGUUUUUUUUAUCUCCUGGUUCUAAAUUCAUCUUUAUCGCUAAAGCUGGCGAUGCCAUGAUGGGGAAAACCGCAGCGCUUCCUCUGCCUGCUGUUACCAUAGCAACAGCAGGCAGCUACUCUGAGCCUAAAGUCGACCCGGGUUCUAGAGUUUCCAUCCGGUCCUUUCCCUCGGUUCUGUAGUCAGCGUUGAGGACAGUCCUGCCCAUCAUGGACGCUGCUGUUGUUGGACCAGGAGGUUCUGGCUGUGAGGCUCUAAUGGGAACCAUGUGACCCGUUCUCCGCUGUGCCUUUAGACCCUACCACUACUCAGAUGGAUCUUCUGCUAACCGACCUCAGGUUCCCACAGCGCCUCACGGGUCGGGUUCUCAGAACAUUCCUUAACAACGACCCGCCUUUUCCUCGGACUUCUGGUUUCCCUCACGGGUCCAAACGCCGCCGACUCCAACCAAUAGAAGCUCGUCUCUAUUUAUUCUGACUUUGGACUCCAGAGGUUCUGCUGCAGACGAUGGAAACCUGCUGCUGAACCCACUGUUUGAGGUUCUGUAAAUAUUAGAAAGAUCCACCUGUUAGAGUAGAAUCAUGUUCAUGGUGCUGUGCUGGUUCUGGUUUCUCCACGGGUCGGGUAACGAACAGAACCCAGGUGCUCCGCUGCGGCGUUACCCGACCCCGCCUUCUAAACUUCAGGUUCUUCUUCCUGUCUCAGUAGAUCCACUUCCUCCUCCUGACACCGGUGCUGAUUUUGUAACGUUUACAGGGAUUCUGCUGUUCAGCGUGACGCAGAUUAAAAAUAUCCUCAAUGGUUUGAA